AUGGACUUGCUAGCAAAUACUGGAAUGCUUGACUAUAAACUAGCUGAUACACCUAUUGUUGAGAAUCAUAAACUUGGACCUAUAGUUGAGAAUCAUAAACUUGGAGUUUAUGUGGAUCAGGUCCCAACUAACAAAGAGAGAUACCAAAAGUUGGAUGGAAGAUUGAUCUAUUUAUCACUGACACGCCCUGAUAUUGCCUAUGUUGUAAGCGUUGCGAGCCAAUUUAUGCAUUCACCUAGUGAGGAUCAUAUGACUGUUGUGAUGCGUAUUCUGAGUUACUUAAAGUCUGCUCAUGGGAGAGGUUUAUUAUUUAAGAAAAAUGGCCACUUGGAUCUAGAAGGUUGCACUGAUGCAGAUUAUGAAGGAAACAUGCAUCUGAUACUUACGAAAUGA